GAGGCUACUGCUAUUGACGGGAGAUGUAAUUUACGUUUGUCUUAUCGCUUCAGUUUUUUUGAUAUUGUUAUUGAAAAAUGUGACACUAUUUUUACAAUAAGGACCUUAUUUUGUUAAUAGUAUAUUUUGUAGUGGACGGCGAGUUAGGUUACUAUAAUGAUAUCAUGUAAAAAGUAACUCAAUUUAAAUGAAAGACCAAUCACUGUAUCCUGACACUAUGGGGAUCAUGUACGAAAAACGGCCUCUCAAGAGGCCCCGAUUAGGCCCGCCAGACGUGUAUCCGCAAGAACCUCGUCAAAAAGAAGAUGAACUCACUUCUACUAACGUAAAGCAGGGUUUUUCUACCACCCCGCAUUCUAGUGACGAGUUUGGCACUGCUAGGAAUUUUAACUAUUCUGCAUCUAAGAUAGGACAGUUUUUCUCUGGAAUUUUGUCCAAAAAGGAAGAACUUAAUACCCUUCCUGACUGUGGCAGGAAAAGACAACAAGUAAAUCCUAAAGAUAACUUCUGGCCAGCCACGGCUAGGACUAAAGCUCAAAUUGAAGCAUGGUUUAAGGAUUUAGCAGGAAGUAAACCACUGUCCCAGCUGUCCAAAAAGGCACCAAAUUUUAAUAAGAAGGAAGAAAUAUUUAUAACAUUAACAGAAUACCAAGUGUCAAUGCCAAGAGCAGCAUGGUUCAUUAAACUUAGCUCUGCAUACACCGUGGCCGUCUCGGAAGCCAAGAUCAAGAAGAGGCAGCUUCCAGAUCCCACAACAGAAUGGACCUCUACUCUGAUUAAAUUCCUCAAAGAUCAAAUACCAAAGUUAGCAGAGCAUUACCAGUGUGCAGCGUCGGGGAGCGUGUCCGACAAGACGCCGCCCUCUCAGUCAGGACAAGGCACGCCCAGUCAUAAUUCCUCUGGCAAUCCGCCUGGUAGCUCAACUCCUAAUAGUUCAAGUAUACCUAAUUCUAUGCACUCUCCAGGGAAUACUAACACUCUGGGGUCGUCGACGCCCAGCUCCUCAGAAGGCACGGACUGGCGGCAAGCCCUGAAGCUAUGGAACUAUUGCUGCCGGCUCGCCAAGUACCUUCUCGACGAGGGCUUGUUAGACCGACACGACUUUCUCACGUGGAUAAUUGACUUGCUUGAUAAGAGAGCAGCUGAUGAUGGUUUAUUGAGGCUUUUUCUUCCAUUGGCAUUACAACACAUGAGCGAAUUCGUGUUCUGCGAAGGCCUGUCGAGGAGGCUGGCGACCACUUGUGCUAAGAAAGCGGCCGCCAUCUGUUCCGUGUUGUCUGAUAGCACGAUACGCACUCUUAACCAACCCUUGGCUUUAUCGAAAAGCACAGACAGAUCAGGAGAUCCACUCAGAUCAAUGUCUCCGGCUACAGAACAAGGCAUUAACGAACUGAAACCAAUGUUAUCACAAAUGAAGCGUUCGGGAACGCCGGCGGAACACAGCCAGGGUUCUCUUAGCACCAAUCACUCCUCGUUGGGGACACCCAACCCUCACUCACUGGGUACACCUAAUCCUCUAGGCACACCGAACCCGACGCAGGGAGUUGACGUCAAAGAAGAAUACAAUAGGCCCAUAAAGGAGGAAUAUAAUAGACCUAUAAAAGAAGAAUACAACAGACCUAUAAAGGAAGAAUAUAGUAGACCUAUUAAAGAAGAAAACGGCUCGCCUAUACGAGAUACGAAAACCACUCUGACGGCGGUCAUCACAGCAGCACUCAAUCCAAUCCAAGUGGGCUUCGGCGAGGUGCUGACCUGCCCGUACCACAGGGACGUCAUCAUUCAACUGGCGGCGAUCUUACAGAUAAUUUGCGUAGAAUGUCCCACGGCUAUGGUAUGGUCGGGCUGUGGUUCAUCCCUGCAGGGGUCGCCCCUGGAUUUGCUGCCACUGCCGCCGUCCGCUCUGCCUAUGCCUCAUAUGGACUCGGACAUUACUGAAGACCACAGGAAAAUGGUUUAUGAAGCGGAACAAAAAAUCGCCGCAAGAAGCAAAAAGGCAGAAAGCAAAUGGUGUACUGAUAAAUGGCAAACUAGCUCUCAAGCGCGCGUGCUGGCCGUGCUGGAGGCCUUGGACCGGCACUGCUUCGACCGCGUGGAUCCCAACAAUAAUCUGGAUACGCUCUAUAAGGAGGUGUUCGCUCAUUGCACGCCCCCCUCCAAGGAGACUGACAUCAAGGACCCAGAGUGGGCGUGUUCUUACGCGGUGGUGCGCGUGCUGUGCGAGUGGGCCGUGUGCGGCGCGCGCUGGGGCGAGCACCGCGCCAUGGCCGCCGCCGCGCUGCUCGACAAGCGGCAGCAGCAGCUGCUGCACCAGCACCACGACCAUCAUGCACACGCCACCGGGUCCGAUGACAAGGAGUCCGUUACGUCCGGCAAUGGCCUUUACAACGGGCCUCCAAUAUUCCAAAGCCUUUUGUUACGAUUCCUAGACUGCGAUGCGCCUGUACUAGACGACAGUCCGAAUGCGCCGCCAAGCAACCGGCAACAGUUCGCCAACCUGGUGCACCUGUUCGGCGAGCUUAUACGCCGCGACGUGUUCUCACACGACGCUUACAUGUGCACGCUCAUCUCGAGAGGCGACCUGAUCUCCCCGACGGAGCCCACGUCAUCGUCGGGCAGCACCAGCAGCGGCACCGCGGCCCCCGCCACCGGCGGCAGCGCCUCGCACAACAUGGACGAAGACACAUUUGAGGGCAUCGACCUCAAGCCCAAGAUGGAGGAACAGGCGCGAAUGGAUAUGGACGGUUCCAAAAUAGACGACGAACUCCAUAUGCUGUUGCAAAAUAUCAAAGAAGAUCAACAAAAUUCUAUGGAUGCGCCUGACAGUCCCAAGGAUCCCGGAGAAUCGUCACACAGCGUAAAUUCUCCUAUGAUGGGUUCGAGCAGCAUGAGCAUACCUGGUAUGAACUCAAUGGGAAUGGGUCCCAUGUCCGUCCCAGGCAUGCGCACGGGGUCGGCGGGCGAGUCGUCCGGCAGCACAGCGCCGGCGGCAGCGUCGCGGCACUACAGCUACACCAUGCACUUCCCGCUGCCGCCCGCCGAGCCCGACCACACGCCGCACGACGCCAACCAGCGUCACAUCCUGCUGCACGGCGUCGGCCGCCAGCGCGACGACGCCAAGCAUCAAGUCAAGAAGAUGACUAAAGAAAUAUGCAAAUUAUUUUCAAAGAAAUUCUCAAUCGACGUGGCGGAGGGCGGCAAGGUGAAGAAACACGCUCGGAGCGAGUUCAACUUCGAAGCCGUCACACAAAAAUUUCAAGCGAUGUCGAUGUACGAGCAAGGCGCGGUAUCGUGGGCGGUGGGCGGCGCGGUGUGUGAGGCGCUGGCGGCCUACGCGGCGGGUGCCACCACCUACCUGCCGCAGCCCGAACACGUCGCCUUCGCUCUCGACCUCAUGGAGAUAGCGCUUAAUGUGCACGGUCUUAUUGAGACCUGUAUACAGAUUUUGAAAGAGCUGUCAGAGGUGGAAGGCGCGCUGAUAGCGCGCGGCGCGCCAAGCACUGGGCUCGCUGCGCCGCGGGCGUACACCUCGGCGCUGGCGCUUUACACGGUCGGCGCUCUCCGGAGAUACCACUCCUGCUUGCUGUUGUGCGUAGAGCAGACGUCGGCGGUGUUCGAGCAGCUGUGCCGGCUGGUGAAGUGCGUGGUGAACCCGGGCGACUGCGGCUCGGCGGAGCGCUGCGUGCUGGCGCAGCUGCACGACCUGUACAAGGCGGCCGCGCACCUCUGCCACGCGCCGCACGCCGACACCUUCGCCAACGCCUACCCCAAGAUCAAGCAAGCACUGUACUCGCCGCUGCAGCCGACUCCCUCAAGCUACGUCUACAACCCGCAGUUCCUCAGCGAGUUCUUCGCCAACCCGCGCAAGGGUAAACUAGAAAUGUGUUGGGCGCGGCAAGUGGGCGAGUCGGCGGCCAACAGGUAUAGCUUCGUGUGCUCCGCCAUGCUGGCUGUGUGUCGCGAGGUUGACAACGACAGAGUGAACGAGCUGGGCGUGCUAUGCGCGGAGAUGACCGCGUGGUGCAGCGGGCUGGCGGCUGAGUGGGUGGGCGCGCUCGUGGCGCUGUGCGGCGCGCAGCACUACCCCGCGGCGCCGCACGCCGCGCCGCCGCCGCUCUAUCCCGACCUACUGCACCACCGCGACCUGCACGACGCCGCCGCGCACGAUGCGCUCGCCGUCUUCACCUGCAUAUUAGUCGCGCGGCACUGUUUCUCCCUGGAGGAUUUCGUGCGGCACGCGGCCCUGCCGUCGCUGGUGAAGGCGUGCGGCGGCGGCGCGGCCGGCAACCCCGCCAACGCGCCCUCGCCUGACACCGGCGCGCGCCUUACUUGCCACCUGCUGCUGCGACUCUUCAAGACCAUCGACACGCCUCAACCGGGGUUGUACUCAGUGUCGACGUCGCCGGGGCCGGGCGGCGGCGCGGCGGGCGUGCGCCUCUCCUGCGACCGCCACCUGCUGGCCGCCGCGCACAAGAACAUCGGCGUGGGGCCCGUGCUCGCUACUCUUAAGGCUAUACUCAUGGUGGGCGACUCAACGGCGCGUGACAACGGCAAGUCUGGCGGCAAGAAGUCGUGCGAGCUCUCGCACAUACUGGGCACGAGCGACGCGGCGCCCGCCGACACGCAACUCGACCUCAUAUCGAUAGACUCAGAGAUGAGUGGGGGCCAUAGAACUCCUAGGGGUAGCGGCGGCGUCGGGUCCACGUUAUUAGAUUCGUCUCAGUCGCUGUCCUCGCUGGCGAGGCACGUGCUGCAGGAGAUCUGCUCCGAGGAGUGGGUGCUGCAGAAAUGUCUCCAGAACCCGGACGAGCUCUACCAGCCCGACAUGCUCCUCGACUCCAUGCUCACGCCGCGCCAGGCGCAAAGACUGCUGCAUAUGAUCUGCUACCCCGACUCGGCCAGCCACACGCAGCCCGAUCUCGACCAGAAGACCAUGGUCACUCGUCUGCUAGAGAACCUCGAGCAGUGGUCGCUGCGCAUGUCGUGGCUGGACCUGCAGCUGAUGUUCAAGCAGUUCGCGAGCGGCUCGUCGGAGCUGAACGCGUGGCUGGACAUGGUGGCGCGCGCCGUGGUGGCCGUGUUCCAGCAGCCAGCGCCGCCGCCGCCCGACAAGGACAGGACGGGCACGGACCGCGGCGUGGUGAGCACGAGCAAGUGGUCGGAGUCGGUGUGGCUGGUGGCACCGCUGGUGGCCAAGCUGCCCGCCGCCGUGCAGGGCCGCGUGCUGAAGCAGGCCGGACAGAUUUUAGAGAGCGGUUGGGGCACCGGCUGUAACGGCGGCUGCAACAACGGCGGCGGCGGCGGCGCCAGUUCGCAUCGCGACUGCAAAAGCCACCAGAGCCCGAGCUACAAGGGGUCGUCAAGCAGCAACAGCGGUGGCAAGCGCGGCGUGAGCGGCACCAGCUGCGCCGGCAACAGCUGCUCGUGCGGCAGCGGCAGCGCCGUGCGGCUCGCCAACGAGCCGCUGCUGUCGCUCGUGCUCACCUGCCUGCGCCACCAGGACGACCAGAAGGAGAGCUUGCUAAGCUCCAUCCACGCACAACUGCAGCACUACCUGACACACGCGCGCGAGCACGAGCGCGGCGCGGCGUGCGGCGACGCGUGGCAGGAGGAGGCGGCGCCCGAGGCGCUGCAGCUGCGCUUCUCGCUCGCCGGCGGCAUGUUCGACGCCGUGCGCCGCUCCUACCAGCUCACCUCCGACUGGGCCGUGCUGCUGGCGCAGCUACUCACCAACCAGCUGGUCGACGCCUACAACAACAGCGAUCUAUUCACGACGCUGAUCGACAUGCUGGCGACGCUGAUCCACUCGACGCUGGCGGAGGGCUGCGACGACAACAACCGCAAGCACUACCAGAACCUGAUGAAGAAGCUGAAGAAGGAGAUCGGCGACCGGCACGGCGGCGCCGUGCAGAGCGUGCGCCAGCUGCUGCCGCUCUCCAAGAAUACCAUCGUCGAGGUCAUCGCCUGCGAGCCGUUAGGGCUCGUCAUCGAUCAGAAGGGCAAUAAAAUCACCGGCUUUGAUAACGAUAAGAAACAGGGCCUGCGACUGACGGACAAGCAGCGCGUGUCGGGCUGGGAGCUGGUGGAAGGCGGGCGCAACCCCGCGCCGCUGUCCUGGGCCUGGUUCGCCGCCACCAAGGUGGAGCGCAAGCCGCUCACCUACGAGAACGCGCACAGGUUGCUGAAGUACCACACGCACAGCCUGGUGAAGCCGCUCAGCUACUACCUGGAGCCGCUGCCGCUGCCGCCCGAGGACCUGGACAACAACGACAGUAAACAGGACUGUGGAAGCUUCGAUUCAAGUCCAACUGGUUCUGGAAAAGGUCGCAAGUUACCUUGUAGUAAGAAAAUUAUUAAUAAGAAACCAAAAGUUACUACACCGACGAACGGGCAGGGCGCCGUGGCGGGCGCGGGGCUGGCGCCGGCGCCGGCGCAGCAGCCGCAGUUCAUGCAGCAGCAGCAGCAGUGGUUCCCACCGCACUCGCAGAACUACUACAACCCGCAAGUGGGAGGCAAUCAACGCGGCGUGGCGCCGCCCGCCAACACGCAGUCCAAGCAGGCGCUGAGCCACAUGCUGCGCCAGCGCGUGCCCUACAACCAGAUGUCGCAGAUGCAGGGAGGUGGUUAUCCCGGAGCUCCGCAUGCGCGAGGGCCUUUCCCGCGGCAGGGCAUGCGCCAGAUGCAGCCUAACCCAAUGGGGCAAAUGGGGCCAUCUAAUCAAAUAAAUACAAUUGGCGCAAUGGGAGGGAUGGGCCCGAUGGGCCAAAUGGGCGGAGUCCAGAUGGGUCCCGGACAGAUGGGUGCCGGCCAAAUGGGAGCCGGACAGAUGGGCGCUGGACAGAUGAGUGCCGGUCAGAUGGGCGCGGCUCAGAUGGGCGCGGGCCAAAUGGGCGCAGGCCAGAUGGGAGGCGGGCAAAUGGGCAACAUGGGCGGCCAGAUGUUCGGCGGGCAGUACGGCGGCAUGCAACAGGGCUACGCGGGCUACGGCCAGCAGAUGAUGCAAGCCGGCCAGCAACAGAUGAUGAAUCAGGGUAUGGGGCAAGGUGUCAGUCAAAUGGGGCAACAAGUAAACCCAAUGAACCAAGGCGUUGGCUCCAUAGGGCAGAACGUCGGGCAGAUGAAUCAGGGCGUCGGGCAGACGGGCCAGAUUGGCCAGGGCAUGGGCCAGAUGGGGCAGAGCAUGGGGCAGAUGGGACAACCAAUGGGGCAAAUGGGCCAGAUGGGCCAGGGCGGAGGAAUGGGCUCCAUGGCGAACCAAGGCAACACGAUGGGACCGCAAGGCAGCAAUACUAUGAGUGGCUUCCCUGGUCAACAAACGUUCCAACAGAAUAUGAUGGGAGGCCGAUCCAGUCAAGAAGCACAAUACCUAGCGCAGAGGCAAAAUGCGCGACCUCAGUACAUGCAGGCGCCGAACGUUACGAUGGGCGGCAUGGGCGGGCCGGCGCCGCCGUACCCGCGCGGCAUGCAGCCGCAGAACUCGGCGCAGUACCAGCAGAUGACGCAGCAGCAGCAGCGCAUGCGCCAGCAGAUGCUCGCCAUGCAGCAGCAGCAGCAGCAGCAGCAGGGCCCGCUCGUGCAGCACCUGCAGCGCAACCAGUACCAGCCGCCCUACUGACUGCCGCCACACUAGCCUCCCUCCACCACCACCACCACCACCUCAUAAUAGUAAUAGCGACAAUAUUACUGACUAUCUCUUUAUCUCACGGGUUACUAUUGUUCCUGAUUAAAUGUUCACAUCAAUACUAAAAUAUCCGUAGAACAUAUGUACAUCGUAGCCGCUUAUAAAAGUACUACAAGCAACGUAAAUAGCGACCCAAAAGAACGUGCUUAGAAUGAUCUGUAGAAGUGGUUAUAUUUAAUCAAGACUGCUUCUUGACUAGAAAAGCAAUAAAGUUACACUAAGUGCCAUAUAUUACGGGGACAACACGGCGGCGCAACCACCACCGUUGGUGGCCGGCGGCCGGCGACUUGUUGCACCGCCCGCCGCGGUGUCCCGGUGAGACAUGGCCCUUAGGGCGCAUUCACAUCAGACGCAGACGUAGCAGCACCGUACAUACCUGUCGCAGCUCGAAGCGUGACGUUUUUUAGUAAACAGCAUGCUAACUGAUUGCUCUCAUGGAACCGUAUAAUAUCAGUCUCAAGUGGACGUGACGUGGCUCGCCCGGUUUUAAUUCGAAUUUUAAAUCGAUCCAAUAGCAUAAUAGGUAAUAUUUCUAAGUUUUAUAACAAUUUAGCUUAGUCUAUGUGUUAUGUGUAUGUUGGUCUGAAAACGAUUUAUCUAUGAAUGGAUCAGUCAGUUAUAGUAUUUAUACUCGCAAAGCUUAGGAUACGAACGACACCAAUUUGUUAUAUAUAUGCACUGCCAAAAAGAAGUGUCUUUAGAGUUUAUCGAAGGCCAAGAGCACACGACAUGAAAACACUCAUGUAAGGUGGUCUCGGGCGCUGCCGUGGGCUAUGCAAUAGAGCGCGUUCUCAUCUCACUUCCUUCCCGACUGACGUUCGUUUGGCGCUGUGCACGCUUAUCUCUACAUUUUAAUUAUAUUAUUCUCAAACUAAUUUGGAAUUAUCGUAAUCACUGGGUAAUAAGCAUUAAGCACCGUGAGGAGUACGCACCUAUAACAUCAAGUGUCAAUGCACUUCAUAAUAGUAGUUUGUCUAUCUACUAGUAGUUUAUAAUCUAUACACGGACAAAUGGACGUCCAUCUGGAAGGGUGUGAUAUAAACGUAAUAUAAUGACUAGGGCGCAUAUAUAUAGACGGUAGUAUUAGUAUCUGUAACUUUAUACUGUAUUGUUUUACCUUGUCUUUGAAAACUUUUUUUACUUAGCAGAUCACCGGAUUAUAUAAAUGAAAUUAAAAUUAUUUUAUUGCAUUUGAUAAUAGUGUGAUAACAUUUUAGAUUUUAUUUAUUCAUUGGCUUACGAGUAUGCCGUACUGGUAAGCGAAGUACCUCAUAUAUAACGCAGCCAAGGCGCGUAACUGCUUAUGGGACAUAUUUUACACCCCAUAAGUAUUUACUGAAUGCAGCUUGUGAAUAUGGUAUUUCAUUUCGGUUCAUAUCCACGCCUCUAACUAGAGGUUUGAAUUCCAUGUACUGUAGUAUUUUAUAAUUUAAUUUAUUAAAACAUAUAUUCAUGUGUAAUUUCAAUUAGAUAUUUAGAACUUGACAUUAUUCCGAAUUCUUUAAUUAACCAGUUUCAAAUUGUAUUCUAAUUUAUAAUUGUGUUUAUGCCUGCCAAAACAAAACAAUCACAAUCAGCAAACAAUUUUUUAUUACAAAAACAGAUAAACACAGGCUUCACUUAUUUAGUACUUAGGUAUUGUUAUGUCUAUAUCUUUAUUAUUAUAUACAAAUGAAGUAAAGCUGAUCCCUGAACUGUAGAUAAAGCAAAAGGCUAAACAUAACACUUCGUAGACUUUGUGCGUUGUAGCCCUCGCAAGAAUGACAGAGUGCCGCGAUAUGUGCACACGGGAGACACGAGGCCGAGGGAGAGGUCACCCACACGCAACCUUUAUUAUUUGACAUGCCCGUUCUAUUCACAAUCAUAACCAUGACCUAGCGAACUUCUUCUUUAUUUACAGCAGUAUUUACACCGUGUUCUAAUAGCGAAUACCGAAAAUAUUUAUGGAUACAAGUUAAGUUAUAACUAUUUAAGAUAUAGUCAUUUUCUCGUUGAUAAGCUAGUGUGAUUAUUUUGUUUGUCUUUUUAUUCAUGUGAAAUGAUUAAAGUGCAUUUUGUAUGCAUGUGAAAUGUUAAAGUGCAUUUUGUAUGCAUGUGUAUGUUGUACCUAUUAAGGAUGGAUAAAAACAACAUAGGUACGUAAUUAAGGCCUUUUGUUCGAUUACAAUUUGUCACGUAUGUAACAAAAUUACAUUAUGUAACUAAAUUUGGUCAUCUAAGCGAAAGACUCAACUUCGUUGUAUAACACAGAUGAAUCUAUUAAAAUGUUGAUAUAUUAAGGUUCAAUUAGGGCCUUAAUUACGUGUUUACAUUUUAUUCAUUGUCGUUAUUACAGUGAAAUUCACAACUAGACAUAGUAAAAAUCACUUUUUCAGGCUAUUUUUUAUGAGAUUACCCCGUAAUGGUAUAAAUGAUAUAUUUUUAUGGAAAAUAUCUGAAACACUAAAUAUAAUUUUAAAACUGCUAUCAGUUAACUUUCAUCUAAUUCUGAAUAUUACUUUAGUUAAGUAAAAACACAGUUUAACAUUGAAUAGGUCUCGCGAUGUACCUAU